CAGCCCGUGAACAUGGCUGACGAGGACAAAUCCAUGCUGAUGUGGAUGUGGAUUCAUAGAUAAAUUCAUAUCCUAGUACUGUAAAAAAGAUGUGUUGCUUUGUAACGGAACUAAUUUAAGGUAAUGUGCCUGCAGAUGUGAGUGAAUCAUAAAACCCUCCACAAACCCUUCACUAGACUCCCCAAUAAGCCCUGGAGCAGUUACUUUAUUGAUUUUCUGACUGCACCCCACACUGGCAGACUGUGCCUCCCGGGAGUGUAGUCCCCCCAUCCUAAUCAAACCUUCCUCCUUCACCGGCACCCAGAGCCCUGUACCCUCCAGACAGAAUGUUUUCUUCCAAUUUCCUGGGUGGGGGGAACCCUCUGAGUGCCAUGUCUUCUGCGGUGAACAAGUUUAGCCUGUUUGGUGACGAGACAGAGGAUGGAAAAGAAAAACAGCAGCAGGGGCCUCUGAAGCAAAAAAAUCCUGAACAGCAUGGAAAUGGACAGCCAGUUUCACAUGGAUCUCAAAAUCACAGCACGGAGAAGCCACCAGGAGGUCGUAUGGGUGAUGCUCACCAGCAAGGAAUAGGCAGGGGGCUACCCCAGAGUCCAGCAUCUGAAAGAAGUAGCCCCCAACAACAAAGAGCUGGUAGAGGAGGACCUCAUCAUCAGGGUGUGGGACGGGGAAAAUCUCCACAGCGUGAAACAGGCAAGGGUGGACCUCUGCACCAUGCCACUACAGGACCUACAGGAGAAAAAGCUGCAGCACCUGCUUCAGGCACAGAGUCACUCUGUCCAAUCUGUAAAAAUACCAAACUUAAUUUUCAGUCCAAGGAACCGCCCAACCAUAACACCUGUACAAAAUGUAAAUCUGUCGUCUGCAGCAUGUGUGGCUUUAGUCCUCCAGAUGCAGCUGCAAAAGAGUGGCUUUGCCUCAACUGCCAGAUGCAGAGGGCCCUUGGAGUUGAAGAAGCACCUACCCCCUUCAUAUCCAGCAAAACUCCCACACCAUCUCCAUCUCCUGUCAAGCAAAGUCCAUCUACAGCACAAAAGAAGGGCACUGUACAGAAUCAAGCCUUACACCCAACCUCCAGUGAGCAAAGCAAACCUCCAGAGGGUCAUAAACCACCUGGACAGGAAAGUUCAACUACAGCAAAAGAAACAAUGUUAACUCCACAUCCACAACAAAAGCCAACCCAGCAGCAAAAAGGCAAAGAUUCCCCAUCACCUGCCAAGUCUGAACCACCCACACAAUCUGAACCUCCCAAAGAGCAGUCUGGAUUUUUUGGUUUCAGAUCUGUUGGUGCCCGAUCCCGUUCACCAUCUCCUCAGCCUUCAGUCUCUGCAGUUUCUGGUAAAGUUUUAGGCUUUGGCUCCUCCCUUUUCAGCUCUGCAUCUAAUCUUAUUUCAUCAGCUGUUCAGGAUGAGUCUUCCACAAUGCAGCCAACUUCACGUAAAGCCUCCAGUGUUUCCCAAACCUCUGACAGGUCCACGCCUCCAGCAUCCCGCAAAGGAUCCGAGGCAUCAAAGGACUCUCCCAAACUUAACGCAACCCCAAAACAAGAACAAAAGAAACCUGAAGUAACACAGUCAACCAAAGCAACAGUAGAUUCAACAAAAGAGAAACUGACUUCUUCUCAAUCCCCAAAAGCCAGUCAGAAAACACUUCCCAAAGCCUGUCCUAUCUGCAAAGUGGAUCUCAAAAAAGAGCCUCUAAAUUACAAUACCUGCACUGAGUGCAAAACUACUGUGUGCAACCAGUGUGGUUUCAAUCCCAUGCCUCAUCAAUCAGAGGGGAAAGACUGGCUUUGUUUAACCUGUCAGACACAGAGAGCACUAAAAGGGGUUGAACCACAAGGGUCUCCUAUGAUGAAGCCCCACCUUCACCCUGAAGCCACAACUCAAAAGAAGGAUUCCACUACAGGGUCCACAUCUAAACAGCCCACCCUCCAACCAGCAGAGACUAGUUGUGCCAACCAGACAGUUGCUCAGAAAGAAGGAAAUAAUAAACAACAGCUUAGUUCAACAGGAACAAAACUGACUAAUGAGCAUAAUCAGCAGACAGCAAAAACUGGCCUACCUUCUACCCAGACUAAACCACAGUCAAAGGCAGAACCCCCUCAAGAAGAGACAGGUUUCUUUGGCUUUGGCUUUGGUGGUGUCCGUUCUCGAUCUCCAUCUCCUCAAGUGGUAAACUCUGCUGUUUCUGGAAAGGUUCUAGGCUUUGGCUCUUCCUUACUCAGCUCUGCCUCUAACCUGAUUCCAUCAGCUGUUCAGAAUGAGCCUUCCACCACACCACCAACCUCUCGGAAGGGAUCAAAUGUGUCUCAAACAUCUGCCAAUGCAACCAAUACACUACCUGCAUCACAAAAAGGAUCUGCAGCAUCAAAAACUGAUGCCAAAAUAUCCUCAGAUACUAAAUCAUCAACUGCUGAUAAGGAGAAGACACCAGGACAUCAGCAGAGUAAGGCACCAUUAUCUCAAGAAAAGUUACAAGAACAUAUGCCAAAAAUAGAAAAAGCUGCUCAGCAUCUUCCCAGAGCCUGUCCACUCUGUAAAGAAGAGCUCAGGAAAGAUCCUCCCAACUAUAAUGUCUGCACUGAAUGCAAAAAGUAUGUUUGUAACCUUUGUGGAUUCAAUCCUAUGCCACACCAAUCACAGGUGACAGAGUGGCUUUGUUUGAACUGCCAGGUACAAAGAGCUCAUGAUAAUGCUCCAGUGGUGUCCCAGAAAAUAUCUGGACAACCCCAUUCUUCACCAAAGGCAGGGAAGACUCCGUCAUUACAACAUAAAGAUGCUAGUGCUGUGGACUCAACAAAGAAAAUAUCUAUACCAGCCAGUCCACAGAAAGACGAUAAAUUUGAGGCCAUUCAGAAAAUAGAGCAACCAAAUGACUCACCCCCUCUACACAAACGUCAGCAGCUAGCAACUGGGAAACCUCAGGGUGACACAUCAAAUAUGAACAAGUCAGAAGCCAAGGAUGAAUCAGGUUUCUUUGGUUUUGGUUUUGGGGGUGCUCGAUCACGAUCACCAUCUCCCAAGCCUGCUGCCUCUGCAGUUUCUGGAAAGGUCCUAGGCUUUGGUACAACCUUCCUGAGCUCUGCAACUAAUCUGCUCUCUUCAGCUGUUAAUGACGAGCCUUCCACCACACCAAUAACCUCUCGUAAAGGUUCAUCAAGUUCUAUUAGUUCUACUACACCACCAUCUUCUCAAAAAGGUUCUGCAGUUUCACAGACUUUCUCCAAAACAACACCACCCACUUCCCAUAAGGGAUCAUCAGUUUCACAGACACCUCAAAAGACUGGAUCUUCAGACACAACGCCAGUUACUUCACACCAAGGGACUGAAAUUUCCCAUAAUUUAAUGAAGGAGACCAAAAAUUCUUCUAAUGGAAAGGCAGAAGAAAAGAAAUCUGAGGAUCCACAGCCAUGCCAAACACUACCUGAAAAAGUUAAGGACUCUGCAGCUGUUGAAAAAACAUCUCAGCAGCCACCAAAAACCUGUCCACUUUGCAUGACAGAUAUAAAAAAAGAUCUCCAUAACUAUAGCACCUGUACUGAAUGCAAGAGUAUUGUGUGUAACCUGUGUGGAUUCAGCCCCAUGCCUCAAGAAACAGAGAUAACAGAGUGGCUCUGUCUGAACUGCCAUACAAGACGGGCAUCAGGAUUAUCUUCUAUGCAGGCUAACAAAAUCCCUCCAACAGCAUCGCCUCAAAAGAAGAAGACCUCUGUGUCAGAACAACCUGAUAAGAAGAAAGAUCUUCCUGAUAAAACUAUUCAAAAAGGCCUGACAACCACUGAGGUAAAACAAAAAGAAGAAAUAUCUGCAGCAGCAGCAGGAGAGAAGCAGGUCAAUCAGCAGCAGUCUGCUCAUCAUGAUGAAGAGAAAUCUCAAAAGGCUUCGAAAGUUGAGCCAUUUCCUGCCAAGGAUAAACCCUCUCAAGAAAACUCAGGAUUAUUUGGCAUCGGUGGUGCUCGGUCUCGAUCACCAUCCCCUCAGCCUUCUGUCUCUGCCGUUACUGGGAAGGUUUUAGGAUUUGGUUCUUCCUUUUUCAGCUCUGCAUCUAAUUUUAUCUCAUCUGCUGUUCAGGAUGAGCCUUCUACGACACCCCCAACCUCUCGCAAAGAUUCAUCAGUCUCUCAAAGUUCCAUUAGGUCCAGUACACCACCUCCAUCCUCCCGCAAAGGUUCCGGUGUCACCAUACCUCAAGGGGACUCUCAGAAAAAGCAGACAGAAAUAAAUAAAUCACCGACUGUAGAGAAAAAAGAAGAAAAGAAACCUGAUGUAACAAAACAUCAAGGAAAGGACCUCCUAAAUCCAGAUAAAUCAAAAUCAGAGCCAACAAAAGUGAAAAAAUCUUCUCACAUUCUCCCUAAAAACUGCCCUCUCUGCAAGGUGGAGAUAAAAAAGGAUGCUUCCAACUACAGCACCUGCACUAACUGCAAAAACAUUGUAUGCAUACAGUGUGGAUUCAAUCCUUCACCACAUCAAACUGAGAGGAUGGAGUGGCUGUGUUUGACUUGCCAAAUGCAGCAAGCAACAGGAGCUCCUCAACAAUCUCAACCACAGGCAAGCAAAGGACCAAUGUCUGUCUCAAAACAGAAUAAAGAGCCUCUAAUUCCAGCAAAGGAUAAGAAAUCACCUGCUGGUGGAAAACUACAUGACAGUCAAAGUGAAACAGAGAAAAAGCAAGACAGCUCUACAAUAAAACAUGAUGUGCAAAGUCAGCAUCCUAAGCAACAGACUCAGCAAACAAAAGAUGGACUUUCCAAACCUGCUAAAUCAGAACCUCCUAAUAAGGAAUCUGACUUUUUUGGUUUUGGUAGACGAUCUCGAUCACCUUCCCCACAGCCUGCUCAUUCUGGGAAAGUUUUAGGCUUUGGUUCUUCAAUCUUCAGUGCAGCAUCUAAUCUGAUAUCCUCAGCUGUUCAGGAUGGAACUACUAUAACACCAUCAACUUCACGCAAGGGUUCUACUGUUUCUCAAACCUCUGAAAAUGCUGUACCAACAGUACCUGAUUCUAGCAAGAGAUCUGAAGUGUCCAACACUACACUGCCAGCUUCCAGUAAGGUGUCUUCACAAGACUCUACUAAGGAGAACUGUAGUAAUGCAACAAAACUACCAACUAAACAUGAUGAAGGAAGAAAAAUACAGGAAAUGAAAUCCGAGGUGGAAAGCUCUAAACCAGCUUUGGCGCCCGUUUUGAAGGACAAAACUCCAUCAGAUGCCACAAAAACUACAGAAACUACUCAGUUACUUCCCAAAGUCUGUCCCCUCUGCAAGGUAGACAUCAAGAAGGAACCUCCUAACUACAGCAUCUGCACUGAAUGCAAGAAUGCAGUCUGUAACCUUUGUGGAUUUAACCCAAUGCCUGACAAAACAGAGAUGAAAGAGUGGCUAUGUCUGAAUUGCCAGAUACAGCGAACAUCAGGAUCUCUAAACCAAACUCAGACAAAACCUAUCAACGUUCCUGUGCCAGCAUCACCAAAAAAAGAUGUUCAAGCUAAAGUGUCUCUGCAAAACCCCUCUCCAAAACUUGGCUCAAAGGGUGACACUUCAGCAAAGCCUGUCCUUUCUCAAACUGAAACCAUUAGAGAUAAAUCAGGCUUUGGGCUUACUCAUGACCAAUCUCCUCCUUCGCCAAUCUCGCCUGCUACUACAAAAGAAAAGGGUUUAGGCUUUGGCUCUUCUAUCAUCAGCACAGCAUCUGACCUUAUUUCUUCAGCUGUUCAGGAUAAAGCAUCUAUAACACCACCAAAUUCUCGUAAAAGUUCUGCAGUCUCUGAGGCAUCUGUAAAAACAUCAACACCACCUGCAUCCUGCAAGGUACCUGUAGUCUCUGAAAAAGACCUCCACCCUAAUGAGACGAAAUCAAUUACUCAGAAACCAAGAUCAGAGGAGAAAAUGUCAGCCCUUCAGACGUCCAAAGAAGAAUGUGUGGAAGUCAAAGAAGGCGUUCGUUUAUCAGCUUGCCCACUGUGCAAAGAGAAAUUCCAAAAUCACCCUCCAAACUUCAGCACUUGCACAUCAUGCAAGAUGACUGUGUGUAAUUUCUGUGGAUUUAACCCCAUGCCAGAUCAAACUGAGGUGAAAGAGUGGUUAUGUUUGAACUGCCAGAUGCAGCAAUUAUCAGAGGCUUCACCUCCACAGACACAGGCUAAAAAUAUACUGCCACUAGGACCAGAAGAAUCUCCAGUUGCAUCUCAGAAGAAAUCAAUUAUCCCAGUAGAUGUCACAGACAAAAAUAAAAAUCUUUCUGAAGUUGGAGAAUCUAAGGACCAACCCCUUGUGCCAGCAUCACAGAAUCCCACUACUCCUGCUAAGUUUCCUCAACCUUCAAAAGAUGAGCCUCCAAAAGAUGGUACGGUUUCAGCUAUUUCUCAAACUUCGGAAAAGGCUGCAUCAGUUUUGCCUGCAUCUGUAGAAACUCUUACAUCUGGGAAGACAAAAUUACAUACUGUUCAGAAACAAAAAGAAAUCAAACCUGCAGAUCAAGCACCAAAUGCUCAGUCUGCCAAAGCACCAUCUGCUUUUGAAAAAGGGGAAAUAAGUUUAUCCAAGCUUCAAAAAGACUGUCCAAUCUGCAAUGAGAAAUUCAAGAAAGAUCCUCCAAACUAUAAUACUUGCGAUUCAUGCAAAGCCAUUGUAUGUAACCUUUGUGGAGGAUUGAACUCUAGGGCAGACAUAACAGAGAAGAACUGGUUGUGUGUGAACUGCCAGAAGCAGCAAGCACCAGAUCCACCUCCUACAAAAGCAAAGGAGGAAGUAUCUCUUACCGAAUUAGAGAAGGGCACUUCAAGUCCAGGUCCUAUGAAGAAAAAGACAAGUAUUCCAGUGGGUGAUACAGAGUCUGAUCAGAUACCCACAGAAAAUGUAAAACCUCAUGAUAAACUGACUUCAGAAAAGACCCAAAAAGCCACUACUAGUCUGGCAGAACCUAAACCAUCUCUUGUCGAACCGCAGAGUCCAAAACCUUCAGAGAAACAAUCUGGCAUUUUUGGUUUCAGUUUUGGUGGUACUAAAUCACAACCACCAUCUCAGCCGGCUGCCUCUGCAGUUUCUGGGAGAGUUCUAGGCUUUGGUUCAUCCUUCCUCAGCUCAGCCUCUAAUCUGAUCUCUUCAGCUGUUCAGGAUGAACCAUCCAUCACGCCACCAACCUCUCGUAAGGGUUCCACGAUUUCUUUAAAAAAUGCUUCAACCCCUCCUUUGUCACGCAAGGGCUCAGCAGCACAGCCACAUGUGGAAAAGAAAGAAACAGAAAAUAAACUGCAAGACCAGUUGGCAAAAGAAACACCUCCUCUUCUGAAAAAGGAAACAGCUUGUUUAGAGCUUCACAAAGCUUGUCCACUCUGUAAGGCUGAUCUCAAGAAUGAUCCACCUAACUAUAACACCUGCACACAAUGUAAAAAUAUUGUGUGUAACCUUUGUGGAUUUAGCCCUAUUCCACAAGAAACUGAGGUGUCAGAGUGGCUGUGUUUGAGCUGCCAGAUGCAGCGAGCCCCAGGACCUCCUUCUGCAAAAACCCAGUCAGAGGUUAAAAAGGUACCUUCACCAGCCUUACCAAAGAAGAAAGAGACUCCUGCUGCAGGUGCUCCACUGAAAAACCCAAGUCUUCCAGUUAAUGCCAAAAAUGAGAAGCCAUCUGGAGUCGCUAAACCAGUAGACAAACCUAUUACAGCAGAGACCCAAAAACCCCCUGCUCCCUCAACACAACCUUCUCCAGCAAAAUCUGCACCGCCACAAAAAGUUGAACCUACAAAGGAGGAGUCAAGCUUAUUUGGUUUCAGUUUUAGUGGUACUCGAUCUCGGCCAGCAUCUCCUCAGCCCGACAUCUCAGCUGUUUCUGGAAAGGUUCUAGGCUUUGGCUCCUCCUUUCUCAGUUCUGCAUCUAAUCUGAUAUCAUCGGCUGUUCAGCAUGAGCCUUCCACAACACCACCAACAUCCCGUAAAGGAUCUACAACUUCUCAAACCUCUGUAAAAAUGACUUCAAGUCCAUCCACUUCUCACAAGAAGCAAGUGGAAAAGAUAGAAUCAGAGACCAAUGUGAAAGUCCAGUUGCCAAAGGCAGAUACACCUCUCUCAGACUCAGCUUGCCCAAUCUGUAAGGCUGACCUUAAGAAAGAUCCACCUAACUACACUAUCUGCACUGAAUGCAAGAAAACAGUGUGUAACCUUUGUGGAUUUAGUCCUGUGCCACAAGAAACAAAAGUAAAGAAAUGGUUAUGUCUGGACUGCCAUAAACAGCAUGCACCAGGACCUCCACCUAUACUACCUCAAUCAGAGGCAAACAAUUUACCUUCACCAGCACCAAAGCAGGAGGGUCAAACUACUGAUGAUCCACAAAGCGAGCCAAGUCUCUCAGUUGAUGCAACAAUGAAAGCUGCUGAAAAUGUAAAAAAGGAGGAUAAAUCAAGUCGAGCAGAGUCACAGACACCCACUACUAUUCAGUCAGCACAACAGUCCUCUCCUGACACACCUGCUAUUCUAAAAAAGCCAGAAAGUUCAAACAAGGAGAAAAGCUUUUUCAGUUUCAGCACUGGCGGUGAUAAGUCACCAGCUCCUCAGCCUGAUAUCUCUGCUGUUUCUGGGAAGGCUAGAGGCUUUGGCGCAUCCUUUUUUAGCUCAGCAUCUAAUUUGAUUUCAUCAGCUCUUCAAGAUGAACCUUCUACCACACCACCAACUUCUAGAAAGGGUUCUACAAUUUCUCAACAAUUGGAAAAGGACACUCCAACAACACAUACAUUGGACAAGGGGUCAAUAGAACAGAAAGAGGAAGGAAAGACAUCCUUGAAAAUUACAUCAGAUGACAAAACAGCUGUACCACCUUCUCUUGUUGAAAAAGAUGAGCAUCUCAAUAAGCCCCUUAAACCUUGUCCACUGUGCAACGUGGCACUCACAAAAGAUCCACCCAACUAUGACACCUGCACUGAAUGUAAAACUAUUGUGUGUAAUCUUUGUGGAUUUAGUCCUAUGCCACAACAGACUCAAGUGAAAGAAUGGCUAUGUUUGAACUGCCAGAUAAAGCGAGCACCAGGAGCUCCCUCUACUCAGCCUCAACAACAGGCUAACAAAGUACCACUACCAGCAUCACCACAACAGAAGGCAAAAUCUCUUGCUGGAAACCCAGAGGACAAACCAAGUCAAGUAGAGACAAAAAAACCUGUUUCUACACCUACGAAACAACAGUCCACUGCUCCAACACCCAAAGUUGAACCUUCAAAGAAGGAGUCUGGUUUCUUUGGUUUUGGUGGUGCUCGUUCUCGAUCUCCAUCUCCUCAGCCAGCUGUCUCUGCUGUUUCUGGAAAAGUUCUAGGCUUUGGGUCUUCUCUCUUUAGUACAGCAUCUAAUAUAAUUUCUUCAGCUGUUCAUGAUGAGCCUACAACACCACCAACACCUCGUAAGGGUUCUGCUACUUCUCAGACAUCUGUAAAGUCCAUACCAGUGACUCCUACUUCUUCUCAGAAAGAACCUGUAGAGACGGAAAAGCAUCACACUAAAAAAACCACAAAGGAAGAACUUCCUGUUGCAGAGAAACAUGAGAGUAAUCUAAAUGAAAAGCAAAUGAAAACUACUAAAGUGACAGGUGAAUCCCCCAAAGUAGAAGAAACUUCUAAGCAUCAGAAUGUUGCUUGUCCUCUCUGUAAGAUAGCUCUUAAUGUUGGCUCAACUGAAUCACCUAACUACAAUACCUGCACAGAGUGCAAGGACACAGUGUGCAACCUUUGUGGAUUUAACCCCAUUCCCCAUCAGACUGAGGUUAAUGAAUGGCUUUGCCUAAACUGUCAAACACAGAGAGCAUUAAAAGGAAUUGAACCACAAAAACCGCAAGCAAAACCAGAUAUUGUAUCAACUUCAACACUGUCUUCAAGCAACAUAACACCCAAAACAGCAACUGAUGCUAAUGAAACCAGCACAAAAGAUGUAUGUCAAAUGCAAGGACCUCACAAAGAUGGGCCUGAUGCAGAUCAAAAUAAAGCUUCUUAUCUAACUCCAGUUCAAAGUGCUAACAUUUCAAAUGCAGGUACAGCCCAAGUGAAAGAUGCUGUAAAUGACAAGGUAGUUAAAAAAGCCCAGGAAAAAGAGACUUUUGUUGACACCAAAGUGGGGGCACCAACAAAAGAUAUGCAGUCUUCUGAAGCAACAGCUAUCAUGGAGGAUCAAAAGUCUGCAGUUUCACAGAAACCUGGAAUUGACCAAGAACCAACUGCAAAGCCAUCAGACAGCAUCUCAGAAAUAAAGAGUGUCCAUGAGAAACCUGAGCAAAAGCAAUCUAAAUCCUCUGCACCAGAAGUAGAAAUCCCAAAACAGGAAUCAGGCUUUUUUGGGUUUGGAUUUGGCAGUAGUAAAUCACAAUCUACACCAUCUAAACCUUCUGACACAAGUACAGGGAAACUCUUUGGCUUUGGUGGUUUGACUGAGGCACCCUCACCACAAUCUGCCCCUUCAGUUUCUGGAAAGGUUUUAGGUUUUGGAUCUUCCAUCUUCAGCUCAGCUUCUAAUCUGAUCUCAUCUGCUGUUAAUGAUGAGCCCUCUAAAACGCCAUCAAGUUCUCGUAAGGGUUCCACAGUUUCCCAGACAUCUGUCAAAUCAGCCACAACACCCUCUUCUCGUAAAGGUUCAACAGUUUCCCAAGUUUCUCUUAAAACACCACCGACUUCUCGCAAGGGUUCAGCUACUUCCCAGACCUCCUUAAAGACUUCUCCUAUUGGAGACACUAAACUAUCUGAUUCAGAAAAACAGACUAAAAAGGGAACUGAUGACAAGUCAAAGGUCAAGCUAGAUGAACCUGCAUCUUCAGAACCUGCUAAACCACCUGAUUCAGAAAAACACAUUGAGAAGACACCAGAUGACAAGUCUGAAGUCAAAUUAUCUGCUCCUUUGCAAUCAGCCUCUAAACUGGAACAGUCAAGUUGUCCCAUCUGCAAAGUGCAGCUGAAUGUGGCCUCUGAAAAGCUGCCGAAUUUCAACACUUGCACCAAAUGUAACAACAAUGUAUGCAAUCAGUGUGGAUUUGAUCCCAUGCCAAAUCAGACAACGGUAAAACAAUGGCUUUGCAUGAACUGCCAGAAGCAGAGAGUAGAAGGAGGAAUAGAACCAACAGGAAGCUCCAUGAUAAAUCCUCCCCCAACAAGGGACCAACAGCCGGCCACCUCAGACCACAAAUUAGCUGAAACAUCAACUGUCCGUGUAGAUGGAAAGACUUCAUCUAUCCCAGAAGCAGCAAAGAAAGAUCAUCAAAAGCCAAGCUUGAAUGAAGAUGUGCCCUCUUCAAAUAAAGAGCUGCCCCAACAAAAGGCACAGGAACAGAAAGAUGAAAAAUCACAGAAGCAGAUGAAAAAAGGUCCCGAAUCACCAGCCAGAUCCACUUCACCCUCACAGGCUGAGGUUCCAAAGCAGCAAUCAAGCUUUUUCGGAUUUGGCGUCAGUACUGGUAAGUCUCAGCCUACACCUUCUAAGUCCUCUGAAUCGACAACUGGGAAGCUUUUCGGAUUUGCUGGACUGACUGAGACAGCCAGAUCACGAUCACCAUCACCACAAUCUAUGACUAAUGCCCCUGGAAAGAUUUUAGGAUUUGGAUCAACCAUAUUUAGUUCUGCCUCCAAUUUGAUUUCGUCAGCACUUCAAGAUGAGUCAUCUCCACCACUCUCUCGUAAAGGCUCUACAGUAUCACAGUCAUCUACACCACCUACGUCUCGCAAAGGUUCUAUAGCCCCUACUGCAGAGCCUAAAGCUCCCAUAUUAAAGAAGUUAGAUGACAAGCCAGUGGAAAAGAAGACAGAAGAACCUACUGUGAGCAAAGACAAAUCAUCUGUUAGUAAAAAGAAGGAAGCUAUGCCUGAGUCUGCGGAAGUGACCGUAUUGCCUAAAUCUCCUUCCAACGCAAGCCAACCAACCUGUCCACUUUGUAAGGUGGAUCUCAAUGUUGGCUCAAAGGAACUUCCUAACUACAAUACUUGCACAGAGUGUAAAGAUAUGGUGUGUAACCUCUGUGGAUUUAACCCCAUUCCUCAUCUUGCUGAGGGAGACUGGCUAUGUUUGAACUGCCAGACUCAGAGAGCCCUAUCUGGUAACCUGGGAGACAUGGGACAAAUUCCUAGACCAUUAACUACAUCUGUAACAGAAUCAGCAGCUUUACCCAAAACCCAAACAAUCAAAAUAUCAGAUGAUGUACAGGCCACUGAAAUCCCUGAGACUACUGUCCUUAAACCUACAACUGAGGAACAAAAAGUGGCCUCAAAUAUACAACCUGUGGAAUCUGUUGCUGCUGCUCCUGCUUCUAUACAGACUACAGAUAAUACACCAAUUAAAGCUGCUGAUAAAACAGAUGAGUUGAGACAUGCACCUCCAGAAUCUACAGUGAGAGAGGAGAAAUUGACUCCUGAAAGAAUUCUACAGGAUGUAUGCUCUCCUACAGUAGAGAUGCUUCAGAUACAAUCAGAAACACCACCUACUGAAGCUGUCAUUACAACACUUGAGUUAAAAAGUGAAAUCGUACAACCAAUGGUCGGGACAAAAGAUGAACCAACACAGGCUGUGGACUCUCCAAACAUAACGAAGCCUCCUCCUGUUGAAGCAUCACUUGAAUUUAAGGAGACUUGUGAACUAACAUCUAUGGCAGCUAAACUGGAAGAAGAUUCUGCAUUUCCAGAAAAACCUAUCCAUAAUGAAGAUCCUGUAAUUCAGUUAAAGAUUACUCCUACUACACCCAGUGAACCAGAAACCAUAGCACUAUCAGUAUCAGAGGCAAAGGAUAAAUCAAACAACUUGAAGGUUGAUAAAAAAGACCCAGAGGGAUAUAAUAUAUUCCCAGUUUCACCUGAAUCAUACAGUUCAUCUGAGGAAGAGCUUAAGGAGAUUCAGAGGGCUAGCAAGUAUCUUUUUAAGGAAACUGCGGCAGAACUGGCUCAUAUGAAAGAAACAGUGUUUACAAAGCAUUAUUCUGAUUCUGGAGAUGAAGAGUUUGUACAGACACAGCUAAAGCAAACAAGUGCAGAUAAGGAUUUGUCACCAACUCAUCACCAAAGUCUUAUCACAAAACAGAUCAGAGAAAAAGUCAGUGAUGCAGAUAAUGAAAGUACUGACUAUGAAGCUGAAAGGACCAUAAAGCAACUUGAUGUGCUUGAAGAAAGUGCUGAUAGUUGUCUUUUGUCUCAAGAACAAGAAGGCCAAGUAAUGGAGGCCAGUCCUGUCUAUAAAACAGUAAAAACACUUUUCCUGAAUGAUAAUGAAAAGGAAGAAAUCAUAGACCCUAACAGCGCAAGCACUAUUUCUGUACAACAUAAUGUUCCUGUGAGUCAGAUUUCAGAAGAAGAGAGUAUAGCUGAAGAUAUAUCUAAAGACGGUGGAUCAUCCAGUAUGCAAGCCUCGCACAUCACAUCAGGAACCACAUCACCUACAUCACUGUCCUCACUUGGUGAAGAAAGUGAUAGCAGUCCAUGUCUCAAGAAGGAGAGUUUAGAGGGCAAGCAGCAACGGAAAGUUAAGCAUAGGCAAGGUCAACUCCUUCAAACUAUAGCAGACUCCUCUGAGGAUGAAGAGAUCCUAGAGGAAGGAGAUCAACUUAUAGAACAGGAAACUGAUCAAAAGCAGUUCAAAAAGUCUUACAAAAAAUCCAAUAAAAAAGAGAAAUUGCUUGAUCAUUCACCAAAUAAUCACUCUGAGAAAGAGUGCAUAUCUCAAACUGAUGAACUAUUGCCAGUUUCAGACAUAAAAUCAUAUGAGACAUUUUAUUACUCAAACAUAUCACCAAGUACAGAAUCUGAACAAGAAGAUGUUGUAAGCCACCGCCUGUCAACAAUGGAUGCAAUGCAUGAUGUUGGUGAAAAGCAAUUAAAGAGUGCAGAUGAGGCAUAUGAAGAAAUGAUGCAGAAAGCCCAAAAACUUAAGGCUAUGACAAAGAAAAUCACUCCCCCUGAUAUUGAGCCACUGUAUGGGGGCAUGCUGAUAGAGGACUAUGUUUACGAGUCACUAGUGGAAGAACCAGCACAGGCUAUAGCAAUUGAUCCUAAUACUACUGCAGAUGAGUAUUUGACAAAUGUUGCUGUUCCAGAAACAAUAAGAAAGCUUAGAACACCAGAGGAGGCCUAUGAGGAGAUGCAGAAAAAUAGAGAACUCAUGCUAAAAGAUCAAGCAUUUGAACAUGUACAGGUAAACAAAUCAGCUUCUUACAGAGAUCCCACUGUAACUGACACUUGUUAUGUAAAUAUAUCUGAAAACUAUGAGUUUAUACAAAGCCAAGAUGAAAAUUGGCAGUGGUAUGCUGAAACAGCAAGUGAUGAACUGCUGAACAGGGAAAAAGAAAUUAUGACACCAGGAACAAGUCCUUCACAAUCAACACCUCUAUCACCGGUAUCACCUUUGUCUUCAUCUGAGCCUUUAGAUGAUUCCGCUGAAGUAAUACAAAUUCCCUCAAGUGGGGAAGAGGAUGAUGACAAGAAUGAAUUUGCAGCUGAACCUAUUGAGUGUGCUAUGGAGGCAACAUCUCUACAAGAUCAGACUGUUAAAAACGUUCUCUAUCCUAUUCCUGACCUUAAAAUUACUCAGUGUUCAUCUGGUGAAGAGGAGGCUGAGGAUGAAGAGAGCAUCACACAAGAGCAUGAAAUUGUUAUCAUUAAUGGUAUUGCUCAGUGUGAUGACAGAUCAGAAGGAGAUUUCGAAUUUAUAGACUCUUUAGUAGAGGCACAGUCAAUAGAGUCUGACCCUAUAUCUGUUGUGUCUGAAGCUCCUCUAUCAAAAUCACCAUUUGAACAUUUGUCCUUUGCUUCUUGGGAUUCACAAGCAUCUCCUUUGUCUCCACCAAGUACAUCAUUCGAUUUAUCAUUUUCCUCAUGCCUUAUAGAUCAGACUGCAGUGCAAGACUCCAUUCCACCACAAACCUGUGGUGCUGAAAGUUCUCAUGAAACUCUUGAAUCUGACUUUGCACAAGUUAUAAUUUCAGUGGCAGACUCAAAGCCAGCACCUCAAAUUUCAGUGCAACCUGCUCCUUUAAGUGAAAUUUCUAAUGAAGAAUUUGUUUGCUUCUCCCAAGUUGCUGGAUCUACCCAACAAACCAUACAAGACUCAACAACUCCAUGGCUACCUGGGAUGCCUGCUACUAAACCAACACUAGGUUCAUCCACAACAGAUACUGCUGUUUCUGAAUCACCAGUGACUCCAGAACCAAUACAAGCUUCUCAGCCAGCUGAUGUCUUAAUUUCUAAACCUCCACUAACCCCCAAACCAUUUUUCACAUCAGAGCAUACAACAGAUGCAAUUAUUGUUACAAUACAAGAUGGAGUAUCAAAGAUUGAUUCAAUUAUACAAACAGCACCAACAAAUACUGUAGAUUAUUCUACUCUUCUGUCAACAUAUACAGUAGCUUCAGAGUCUACACAUGAGCAAAUUACAGUUCCUGUCUCAAGUGAAUCAGUGGGUCCCACCUCAGCAUUAGCUACAGUGCCUUUCAUUCCAGAUUCCACCACUGCACCAGCUUUUGUGUCACAAGCCCCAAUUACACAUAUAACUUCAACUCCUUUUGUGUCUGAGAUUGUGUUUCCUACAUCAGAGUGUCCAGUUCAAGUACCAGCUUUAGAUCCCACUCCAAGAUAUACUGGAAGAGAACAUGCAUCACCUGCCACUGUUCUAGAGCCUGUUCCAUUCAUUGUUGAAAUGCCAGAGUUAAUGUCUUCAAUUUCAAAGUAUCCAAUUCAUAGUACAGGCAUAAUAUCUACUCUAGCACAGACUCCAGCUUUAGGCAGUACCUUAACCACAGAUAAAGGGCAUGUUUCUGCCCUAACUGCAGUAUCAACAUGCUGCUCAACAGACACUCUCUCUAAAGUUCAGAGCAUAUCUUUUGCUCCAUGUAUUCCUUCCUCAUCUGUGGAACAGGGCUAUAUUUGUUCAACCAUUUCAGAGUCAACAAAACCAAGUACUCCAGUUGAUUCUUCCAUACAACACCCGCACGUUUUACAUACUAUUCCUUCUGCUGAUAUGACAACUUUGACUCCAGCUAUUAAAAUUCCUAUUCCUUGUAUAGAUGAAGACAAAUCACUUGUGGAAGCAACAGCAGCCCAUGAACACCCUGCUGCAGUUUUCCAAACAUGCCAUUCAGUAGAGCUUGCAGACACAACUAUAGCCUUUGUAACUUCAUCUUCUCAACCAACUGAGUCAAUAUUUGUGGACACAAAGCCAAAGGCAGGAAAUUUUCAACCUGUAGUAGAUGGCUCUCAGAUUGUGCCAGGUGUUGAAAAUAUACCUAUGAUAAAACAAGAGACACACAAUACCAUUACUAAUACAAUGGCAACUGUUCAUCAAGUUAGAAGUCCCCCUGUUGUUGUAAGUGUAUCCCAUGUUAUCAGUUCAGAUGUUUCUCCUCAUGUGGUACUGAAUGCUAGCUUGCCUAGUGACUUAGCUUUUGUGUCAACUCAAUUUGAACCUCAAGUGACUAUCUCAAGAGAAAGAGCAGAUAAGCCAGUCAUUGAAUUUCCACCACCACCUGCAGCUUCGCCACCAGCCCUACCACCUGGUAGUUUACCUAAUGCACCUUUUAUCCAACAGUCAGUGGUAUCUGUCAGCAGUAUAGCCAGUCAUACACCUAUGGCAUCAGAAAAACAAGUUGCAUCCACCAUACACAAGUCACCACCCCCAGUCCCACCAAAGCCAUUUACUCUUCCAGGUGGUCUAGUGUUCAGUCAUAAAGCUGCCAAAUCUGCAGUUGGCCAUGCUGCAACUUUACCCAGAACAAGAGAACCUCCCAAGGCCCUUACGUUGUCCUUGACUGCGCCCACUGACAUCAAACACAGUAUUUCAUCUCCAAAAUCUCCACUGUCACCUAGAUUUGCUAAAACUCUUGAGACAUACGUAGUUAUAACAUUGCCAUCAGAACCAGGAUCACCAGUGGAAGGUGUUACAACUCAAGCUCCAGUACAUAGACAAUCUCUACCAACUCCUAAGUCGCAGGGUCUUGUUAUUGACUCAACAGUGUAUACUACACCUGUGAUGUGUGCACCACUGACCAUGAUUUCACAUCCUGGAGUAGCUACUCCACCAACAUUAGUAUCUGCCCCUAUUUUGACAGCGCCAAUUAUUCCUGGACAAACCAGUGAAUCUGCCAGUGAUUCUUCUACAAACAAGAAACCAAUAAAUAGUGCAUCUACUAUGAUUUCAACAACAGAUUUGACAGUUGUUCCAGCAUCAAAUACAAUUUCAGUAGCAACAAGCCUUGCCUUUGUUCCUGAAAUAGACACAGUUAUACAACCCAUCAAAAAGGAAACUUGUGAGCAAAAAUGCAUUUACUCAGUACCCCCAGUGUGCACAACAAUAUAUCCUUCACCAACAUUGGUUUCCAUACCUACUGUAACAUCACCAGCUGUAGCUAAAAUUCCAGACGUGACUAUAGAACCAAAAUUAAAAACGGUGUCUCCAGUGAUCUCAGUGCCGGUAUCAAGUACGGUUACAUUACCAUAUUCAGUAGCACCAAGCCCUGCUUUUGUGCGUCAAAUAGAGACCAAUGCAGUAGUACCAAUAAAAAAUGAAAUUUAUGAGGACAAAUCCAUUUACUCAGAAACAGUGAUUCCUGUUACAUCACCAGAUACAUUGCUUACAGUAUCAGUUGUGGCUGAAAUUCCAUCCAUGACCAUAGAACCAAAAACAUUAAGCUCAGCUACAGAAGUAAGUGCCACUUAUCCUUCAGCUCCACAAAACAAUUCUCAGUCAGUGGUACCUGCAUCAUUACUAAUACAAGAAAUACCUGUAGAGUUAACACCAAAAGCUUUUACAGUAGACAUUACUCCAGAAACUUUAAGAGAACCUUCAGCUUCACAUGAUGUCAUGCAAGGACUUGAGAGGCAAAUGAUUCAGCCAGGUUAUCCUGCUUCUAUAACAACGACAAAACUGCCAUUAACCACAGAUAAUCUUGGAGUACAACUGCUGGAAAUUGAAGAAGAGGCUAAAUCCACAGAAGGUCCAUCCUCUGACCAGAUUCUACAGCAGCAAGUAUUUUUUGAAUCACAACAAAUGGUUCCAUCAGUGUCUGCAUCAACAUAUAUACCAACUGCACCAGUAACAUUUGCUCAAUUCAAAAAAUCACUUGAUAAUCAAGAAAUACAUGGUACUGAUAAAGUCUUGUCUAGCAUGAGCCAACUGUACUCUACAAUUGCAGCAACUGAACAACACCAGUAUGCAUUACCUAAUCUUUUGGCACAAGUUGUCACAACUGAAGUUCAGAGAACUACUACAGUAUCAGUCGUUCAAGAAAGAAUACCUCUAGAACCUAUUUCAGAUCCUAACUGCAGACAAGCAACACCUAAGCCAAGUGGAAAAACACAUUGCAUUGAUGAUGUUAUAGAUCUCACAACAUUAAAGGUCAGUGUUUCAAUGACUGACAAAGGACUGGAUCUGACAGCCCCUGAGUCAAAUCUACAAUCUUUCUUAAACGAUUCAAGUAGUCGACAGAUAACUGCUGUGCAGCCAGAAAUUGUAAACCUAAGUGCUGAGAUAACUCCUGCUACUACACUCUCUGUUGUGACAAACAGCAUCACCGUUGUUACCUGCACUGCAGCAUUCACAUACAACAAUAACAUUACAACUGACACACACCCCAACUUACAAAGUGUUACGUCGGUGCCUGUGCCACUUAAAGCAUACAAACCAUUUGAACCCCUGGCACAAAUAGUUUAUAGACCAGUGAAUUCACAACCAAAACCAGCAACCAAUACAGAGAUUCCCAUUAACCUAUCAUGUGGGCCUGCUGAAAUCACUGCACCUUUAUCCUUACCAGUCACAAUGGCCCCAAUAACCUGCACACCUUCCAGUGUACCUAUUCAUAUUGGGCCUUCUGCAGCUGGAGCUAUUGAUCUUACAAUAUCAAAGCCAAAGCAAACUAUGCUGGCUCUUACUGCAUCCACUGGGGUGGUUACAAGUGUGGUUGAAGAAGAUGUUGCACCUGUAGAUCUGACAGCAGGACGGCGAACAGUGUGCUGUGACAUCCUAUAUAGACUUCCAUUCACAGGAAGCUGCAGAACACAACCUCCAGUGACCACAACAGAUAAACAGCCUGACUUAAGAAAUUAUGAUCAACAUCAUGCCACAACCCUAGGACUUGAGGAUCUUAGUAAUAUCAAAACGUUAGGGUUUGGCAGUAAUGACAAACAAACUGAUUUGGUCACAAAAAAUGGAUUUGUCAGCCAAUAUGAUGCACCAAAUGGGGCAAUCGACCUGACAUCAGCAAAAAUGCCAAGAGAUGAAGCACUGGACUAUUCAAAGAAAGGCACAGAGUUAUUUUCUGGGGUAACCCCCACUCACUCUUCCCAAGGAAUAUCCUCAGGAAAUAAUACUUUAAAAUCAUCAUAUGGAGUUGUGCACUCAUCUUUGGCUACACCUAUUCCAUCCUCGGUUGCAAUUACCACUCAGCCAGGCUCAAUAUUCAGUACAACAUGCAACAGUCUGACCACUAAAACCGAGCCAUCAACACAGAUCAAGGCUUCACCAUAUGAUAUAAUGAAUUCCACUGAAUGUAACCGGUCAAUAUAUAUAGAAACGGACCCAUCCAAGGAUAUAUUGCCCUCUGCCAUUGUGAAUCUGCUUCCCUCAAUUUCAGCUUUCCCAGAACUAUACUCUGAUGCUACCCUUGAGGUCAUUGCAGCUUCUCUGGAUGCCCUUGUCUCCCCAAAUUUUCCUACCUUUGAUGACAGCAAGAGUCAGCAGUACCAAGCUGAACAUGAGUUUUUGCAAUUAGAGAAACUGAAGCAGCUGUGCCUGGCUGAGGAGCUUGAAUGGGAAAGACAGGAGAUACAACGAUAUCGUGAGCAAGAACAGUUCAUUGUUCAGAAAGAAUUAGAGGAACUCCAGAGCAUAAAACAACAGCUUCUAAUGCAGCAAGAAGAGGAGCGCAAGGCUCAUCUCAUUCUUCAACAGGAGACCUUUGCCCAGCAGCAAAUACAGCUUGAGCAAAUCCAACUGUUACAGCAGCAGUUACAUCAACAGCUACAGGAACAGAAAAUAUAUCCAUAUAGCUUUGAUGGCAUAUCACAAACCACUAGCUCAGGUAUUGUCCUGGAUUCCCAGUACUGCAGAGGAGAUAAUGGGCAGUACUGGCCAGUGAAGGAUGACAACAUUUUAUCAAAAGUUGCUGUCUCUUCAGCUAGCCAAGACUGGCACGGUACUCCAUCUGGUGAUUUGUUGCAUCAUAGUCUGAAAAUACCUAAAUCAGAAGAUGAUCUUAAAGAAACAGAAGAAAAAAAACAGGAUUCAGAGAAGCUACCUGCCAUAACCAAGCAAGUACCUGGGCAAAAUGCAGGGAUAAGUAGUAAGAAAAUAAGUAGUACUGGUGUUCAUACAGAUGAAGAGGAAGGAUUAGAAAGGACCUACCCUGGAAGAAGAAGGAGAAGUAGGAAAAGUGUAGAUAGCUGUGUGCAAACUGAUGAUGAGGAUCAGGAUGAAUGGGAUGUCCCUGUCAGAAGCAGGCGCAGGUCUCGCUCAAGCAGAUAUGCAGAUGGAGAAAGGCUUAAAGGUUCCAAAGUGUCCAGCAUUGCAAUCCAAACUGUGGCUGAGAUCUCGGUUCAGACAGAUCAUUCUGGAACUCUAAAGAGGUCACCAGUCCGAGCUCAAGUAGAUACUACAUUUGACCUGCACAGAGGGGGAGAAAUGGAGAGUGACUCAGAUUUUACCUCUGACAAAGAUAAGAAACAUUCAACUCCCAUUGAAGUUGGUGUCAACACUCAUCUAAAAGCAGAUGGUAUUAGCAUCUCUUCAGUACCAAAAUCACCAAAGGUAUUGUACUCCCCAGUCUCCCCUGUGUCUCCUGGAAAGGGGAGCCAGAAAAUGCUAACGGCUGAACCACCAAGACACCCAAGUAGCCCAAGAUCAUUAAAGGCCUCGCAACGAUCUCUCUCAGAUCCCAAGUCUCUGAGUCCCACAACAGAUGACAGAAUCAUGUAUCAGUACUCAGAUACCUGUUCAACCAAAGGUUCACAGAGCAGUACUCCAGUGGGCACCCACAAAAAAAUAAAACGCACUCUUCCUCAUCCACCACCAGAUGAGGACAAUAUUGUUGGCUCCUUGGGAUACAGUACCGGUUCAUCCCGGAGAAGAAUGUGUAGAAAUACCACCAUGGCUAGAGCAAAAAUCCUCCAAGAUAUUGACAAAGAGUUGGAUUUGGUUGAGAGAGAGUCUUCCAAACUCCGCAAGAAGCAAGCAGAACUGGAUGAGGAAGAGAAAGAGAUAGAUGCCAAGCUGAGGUAUCUUGAAAUGGGAAUUAAUAGAAGGAAGGAGGCUUUAUUAAAAGAAAGAGAGAAGAGGGAGAGGGCAUAUUUACAAGGUGUGGCAGAGGAGCGUGACUAUAUGUCUGAUAGUGAGGUUAGUAACAACAGAGAGACACGGGGUAAUGGUCAUGGACUGGAACGACCAAGGACUGCCCCUCAGUCAGAAUUUAACCAGUUUAUUCCACCCCAGACUGAAGCUGAUUCUCAGUAUGCACAACUUGCGUACUCUCAUUACCAGUAUGCCUCCCAAAGUGAUUCCCCAAGUCACUAUUCCCAGCAAACUCUGUACCAACAGCCAUCACUUUAUCAUCAACAGGUGUCUCCUUAUCAAACCCAGUCAAUAUACUCUUCAGUGCCCACACUUAGCCAGCAAUCACAACAAACCGGUUUUGAUCAUGCCUCCCAACUACUUCUAAUGCAACAGAAAACUCGACAAACUACUUUGUCUGACUUGGAGCCAAAGAUAACCACUAAUUAUGAGGUUAUACGGAAUCAGCCUCUCUUAAUUGCCCCCACAUCUACAGAGAGUGCCUAUGGGGUCUCACAUUUAGCAAGUAAAUACAAUAACCUAGACCUGAGAAUUGGGCUUGAGGAAAGAGGUAGUAUGGCCAGCAGUCCUAUGUCCAGCAUUUCAGCAGAGUCCUUCUAUGCAGACAUUGACCAUCACAAUGUUAGAAACUAUGUCAUGAUUGAUGACAUAGGUGAGCUCACUAAGGGUUCUAGAGGAUUGGGCCAAAGCUUUAAUGUUCCUGAUAAGGAUAUCAGCAAAACUGAUCGGCUACUUCGUGUUGCUGAUGUUCGUCGAACAACAGAUGUGACUGACUUCAUUGGACCACUGCAGGCCUCCUCAAGAUUACAUUCAUAUGGUAAGCCAGAGGAGGACUCAAUGGAGGAGCCAUAUGAGUUAAAGCUGCUAAAACAGCAAAUUAAGCAAGAGUUCCGGAGGGGAGCAGACAGUCUGGAACAGCUCACAGGACUUCCUCACUACCUACACUCUGAUAGUUUUAGACAUUUUCCUAAAUCUGAAAAAUAUAGCAUUGGAAGACUUACACUAGAAAAGCAAGCUGCUAAGCAGCUUUCAGCCUCAGUCCUUUACCAGAAACAGUUAAAGAAUAAAAGAACACUAAUUGAUCCAAAAAUUACAAAAUUUUCCCCUAUACAAGAGAGCCGGGACCUAGAACCUGAUUACAGCAGUUUUUUAUCUUCCACUGGCUCAGCAAUGGGAGGACUGUCCAGCAGGGCAAGGCUGCUUCAGGAUGAGAUCACUUUUGGCCUGAGGAAGAACCUAGCUGAGCAGCAGAAAUAUCUGGGCACCACGCUUAGUGCCAACCUGGCUCAAUCACUGAAUCUUGGUCACUCUCUUAACCUUGGCCCAAGCUUGAGAUCAUCCGUCCAAGAUGAUGGCACUUAUCCCAGCGGCACCCGGUCAAGACCUUCUUCCAGGCCUUCCUCUGUAUAUGGACUUGACUUAUCCAUCAAAAGAGACCUUUCCAGCUCUUCACUAAGGUUAAAGUCAGAAGGUGAUGGCAUAGAUUCCCAAUUUGGAAUAGCAAGGGUAAAACCAACAAGUUUACCUAUCAGCCAAAGCAGGGGCAGAAUUCCCAUUGUGGCACAGAACUCAGAAGAAGAGAGCCCACUGAGCCCAGUUGGGCAACCCAUGGGUAUGGCAAGGGCAUCUGCAGGUCCACUACCACCAAUCUCUGCUGAUUCUCGGGACCAGUUUGGUUCCAGUCACUCCUUGCCAGAGGUACAGCAGCAUAUGAGAGAAGAAUCACGAACCCGUGGCUAUGAUAGGGAUAUAGCCUUCAUUAUGGAUGACCUACAAGGAGCUAUGUCAGACAGUGAAGCAGGAUGUCCUAGAUGGAAAGUAGAAGCCUACCACCUGCAGCAUGAAGAGACAGACUGGUUUGAUAAACCACGUGAGGGGCACAGUGGCUCAAGACCAGGACAAGAUAAAAGACAGGUGAAAGCUAUGCAUUACCCUUUCCCCUACACUCGCAUUAAACUACAGAGAGACCCUAAGGACCACAGUGUUUCAGGGGGUGGUUUUGGCAUCCAUGUGGUGGGAGGGAAGGAGAUUCCAGGUACUAAUGGAGAGAUUGGUGCAUACAUUGCUAACUUGGCACCUGCAGGCACUGCUGAACUGUCUGGAAAGGUCAUAGAAGGAAUGCAGGUCCUGGAGUGGAAUGGAAUACCUCUGACAGGAAAGACCUAUGAGGAAGUGCAGAGCAUUGUGGGUCAGCAGAGUGGGGAGGCAGAGAUUUGUUUGCGCCUAGAUCUGAAUAUGCGCUCAGACUCAGACAGUCCCAAGUAUCUAGAGCUGCAGUCUCAGCUAAAAGUCGCUGAUCACCAGCGUUCUCCAGGUGUAGAUCCUAAGCAGCUGGCUGCAGAGCUGCAGAAGGUCUCUCAGCAACAGGCUCCUUCCUCUGUACUGACUGUGCUGGAGAAAGCAGGACAUCUUCACUCAGCGACAGCAUCCACUGCCUCCAGUGGAGUUCCCAGCCCUGGACAGCCUGGAUCACCCUCAGUCAGCAAGAAACGUCACAACAAGUCAGGUGAUGGGGUGAAACCACAACCACAUCCCAUUACUGGUGAAAUACAACUACAAAUCAAUUAUGACAAGAAUAUGGGUAACUUGAUCGUCCACAUUCUACAAGCCCGAAACCUUGCACCACGAGACAACAAUGGAUAUUCUGACCCUUUUGUUAAGGUGUAUCUCCUGCCAGGAAGAGGACAAGUCAUGGUUGUCCAGAACGCAAGUGCUGAAAAUAAAAGAAGAACUAAAUAUGUGCAGAAGACCCAGAACCCUGAGUGGAACCAGACUGUCAUCUAUAAAAACAUUCACCUCGAGCAGCUGAAAAGAAAAACCCUUGAGGUGACAGUAUGGGACUAUGCCAAAUAUUCCUCCAAUGAUUUCUUGGGAGAGGUGCUUAUAGAUCUGUCUAACACUGCUCAGUUGGACAACAUGCCUCGCUGGCACCCCCUAAAGGAACAGAGUGAAAGCAUCCACCAUGGUAGAGGACAUCCUCCACAUGGAGGAGGCGGAGGAUCAGGUGGCCAUGGAGGUCAGGGUGGCCAUGGAGGUCAGGGAGGCCCUGGAGGAUCAGGUGGACCUGGGGGCACAGGAGGGCAACCAAACAGUGAACAAUCCCCCAAAACCUCCGUGAUCAAGAGCCGAAGUCAUGGCAUCUUCCCUGACCCUGCUAAAGAUACUCAGGUCCCCACUAUUGAGAAAUCCCAUAGUAGCCCAGGCAGCUCAAAAUCCUCAUCUGAGAGUCAUCUGCGUUCGCAUGGCCCCUCUCGCAGUCAGAGCAAGAGCAGUGUUACUCAGGCUCACCUCGAGGAUGCUGGGAAUGCCAUCGCUGCUGCCGAGGCCGCAGUGCAGCAAGCCCGCCUCCAGCCAAACAGGGCAGGAAACAUACUAAAUGAUGGAGAUGGGUACACCCUGGACAGCGAGGAUGGCACAGGCACUAAUGCAGUGGACAGUGCUAUCUUUCAGGUGCCUCAGCUGAAGACAAUUCCUAACGGUUUGGAUUUGAGAGGCUCAGACUCUCUGAAGAAUCUACAUGACUCUGAAAGUAAGAACAAUAUGAUUGGAGAGAUCAAGGUGGCACUGAAGAAAGAGAUGAAGACUGAAGGAGAACAGCUGGUUCUUGAAAUUCUGCAGUGCAGGAAUAUUACUUACAAGUUCAAAUCUCCAGAUCAUCUGCCUGAUUUGUAUGUGAAGCUCUAUGUGGUAAACGUGGCCACUCAGAAGCGCAUCAUAAAGAAAAAGACGAGAGUGUGCCGCCAUGACAGAGAGCCUUCCUUCAACGAGACUUUCCGCUUCAGUCUCAACCCGGCUGGUCACUCCAUUCAGCUGUUCCUGGUGUCUAAUGGAGGGAAGUUUGUGAAGAAGACACUGAUUGGUGAAGCUUACAUCUGGUUGGACAAAGUGGACAUGCGGAAGCGAGCGGUGAGCUGGCACAAAUUAAUGGCCAGUUCUCCUCAUACGCAGCCGUGAUUCAUCCCAUCCAGUGCAGAAAUAAAUAACCAUGAUGUAAAAAAAGAAAGUAAUAACUGUGUCAUGAUGAAAUCUUAUUGACAAGUCCAUAGUAAAUGUUACUGAAGUUCAGACCCUCAGUCAAAUGGGUUUAAACGUUCUCUUAGCUGUUGCAAUUAAUGUACAGAACAUUUAUACAUAAGUGAAAAUGAAAUCAAAUUAAGCAAAAAAAAAAUAUAUAUAUAUAUACAGUAUAUAUAAAGAGAAAUCGGUAGCAAAAUUUCUGAUCUUAUCAGAGACUAUAACCACCUCCUUCCCUCUCAAUCCACUGUAUAGUUUAUAUAAUUCAAUCGACCAUAUCAGAUUAUGUUAUGUACAUACAGACAAAAAAAUAUACGAUAAAAAAUGAGUUCCGAUUUUUUUUUUUUUAAUGUGAUAAAUACAGUAUGAAACUUCUACAUAUCUCCAUUAAGCACUCUUUCUUAGUUUCUCAGUCUCUACUGUCAUAUUCAGUGUCACAUCAACAUUUUGGAAACCUUUUCAUCCGAAGUUUUUAUUAUUAUUUUUUUUAUGCAGUAUUUCAUUUUGUCUGCGCUGUCAUAGGUAUCAUUUCAUUCCUGCAGUAGUGAUAAAAGAAGCACUGCUAGCUGUAUUUCAUAUUCCAAACACAUCUGUUGAACAUGAACUAUGUUCUUCCAAGAGUCUCGAGUGCUCUGAAGAGUCAUAGUAGCAACUAAAUUGAAUCGAACACAGAGAAUGAUUGUACGUGUCCGUAUUCAUUUGAAAACAUCGAAAUAAUUGUCAUGUAACUGUUCUGAUGUCGACGGUGAUUCCUGUUUCGUGAUAAAGUUCUGUGUUUAAACAAAUAUGCAAUGAAAAAAAAAAGGGAUGGAAAAAAAAAAAUAUAUAUAUAUAUAUAUAUAUAUAUAUAUAUAUAUGUAUAUAUAUUCUGAAUUGGCUCAGCUGAAAUCGGGUCACUGUUUAUGUUUAUUUCAAAUGGUGCAAGGUGUCUGUAUAAAGGGGUGUCACUGUGGUACAGUUUAAAGCUGUUACAUUUUUUAUUUAUUACUUUUUGGAAUGAAUAAUUGUCGCUGCUCCUCUCAUUUUUAGUAGCAGAGAAUCAAACAUAUUCACUGCCUGCACCAUAUCAGUGUAAAAGAUGUGUAAAUGUACAAGUGUGUGCUCAAACACCAGAGACAGUGGCCAUCGGUUAAAGUUCCAGAAAUGAGGAUCAAUACAUGAACCCACAGAGCUCCUUAAAUCAAGAGCGGUCAGUGUUUCCAUAUCGAUGUCAGUGGAUUUUUUUUUUUAUUUUCUUUUGUACAUGAGGAAAAAAAGGAUCUUUAAUGAUGCUAUUCAGUACGUUUUGUAAAGACAGUGUAUAGAUAGGAAAGAAGAAAUGUUCGUGUGGUGACUGGGUUGCUGUCACAGUGAAAUGAUCUAUGUGCCAACCUAAUGUCCAAACCAAAUCCACUGCUUCAGUUUGGGUAUUUCUAUGCAACAUGAUAUGAAUUAUGCCUGGAUGCAUUUCUUCAGAGUUUGAAUAUAAAUAUAUAUAUAGAGAGAGAAAUCUUUUGAACAUAAUUUUACUUUUCAUUUUACUUCUAAUGAAGAUAUAUAAAUAUAUAUGUAUGAACUGUUUUAACACAGUACACUUUGAGAAUAUGCACUUUAGUUAAGUUUCUGUUCCAAUGUGUGUUGGACUUUCCAUUACGACUAUGAAAGUUAUUGCUAUAUGGAAUACAGUGACCCAUGAACUGUCCUGGGGGGGGGGAAAGGCACCGCUUAAUCUAAAAUCUAAAAAAAAUGAAAGAAAGAAAAAAUAAAAUAGCCUUAUUGGUGCUCUGUAAAGUUUGAGAGCCCGAGUUAAAUCUCAUCGAAUCAGAUGAAUAUCAUCGUUUUUACGUCUAUAGCAUUCCACCUCGAAUAGUGCUGUGUAUCUGGAUUUCAAUCAAAAAGCUGUGUCCCCUUUAAAUAAUGACUGAAAAAUGGCUGUUGUCUCCUCUCUGUUGUGUCAGUGUAAUGUCCGCCUGGUUUGUUAUGCUGUAUUCCUGGGAACUUACACAACGAGUCUGAUGUAUUCAGUUGCAGUAAAUGGUGUGAAUGUGAUUUGUUUAUUUUUGAUUAUGUAAAUACAUAAGAUAUUUUCUAUAAGAAGAGGUUUGAAUAUUUAUUUGGUUUGACACUGAGCAUGUGCGUGUGAACUCAAGGUCAAAGUCCUGUCUGUACAUAUGUAUUUGUCUAAAUAUGUGAGCAAGUGAUCCAUGUGAUUAUCUGGAUGAUGUCAAUCAACCCACAUCAAUCUCUCUAAUAAACUCUGUGAAAUCUCACGCAAUCAAGAUAAUGAGGUGAAGAAGAAGAAAAAAAAAAGUACCCGAAAUUGUCAAUGGAAUUUCUAUGGUUUUACAUGGAUGUUGCAUGUUCUGCUAGAUGUCUGUUGAUAUUUUUGCCUACAGAUUCUGUUUAAAAAAAAAAAAAAAGGAAAAAUGAGUACCUUUAUCUGAAGAAAAAAAAAAUGUAUGCUGACUGUAAAAUGCUUGUAAAAUGAGUCUUGUUUUUUUUCCACUUGUAAAAAAGAGAAAGAAAUUUAAUGUCAUGGUUUUAUGGUUGUCCAUAGGAUGUCAUGAAAUUAUGCAAAUCGUGCUGUAGAAAAAAAAGAAAAGAAAAGAAAUGAAAACAUAUGAAUAAAAUGUUC